AUGAACUGUUCGUUUGAAGAGCACUACAGUAAUUGCGGCUACAGCGUGGCGUUGGGGACUAAUGGCUUCGCCUGGGAGCAAGUCAACACCUGGGAGAGACCCUCCAUGGAUGCGGCCGUUCCCACAGGUUCCUUCAUGAUGGUGAAUGCUUCGGGUCGUGCAUCAGGGCAGAAGGCCCACCUGCUCCUGCCCACACUAAAAGAGAACGACACCCACUGCAUAGACUUCCACUACUCCUUGUCCAGCCGGGAUGGGAUGAGUCCCGGAACCCUCAAUGUCUAUAUAAAAGUGGACGGUGGGCCACAGGGGAAUCCCAUCUGGAAUGCCUCAGCACCCGUCACGGAAGGCUGGGUGAAGGCUGAACUCGCCAUCAGCACCUUUUGGCCCAACUCCUAUCAGGUUAUUUUUGAGGCAGUAUCUGUACAAGGGCAUCCGGGGUUCAUCGCAGUGGAUGAGAUACACGUUUUGGCCCACCCUUGCCGUAAGACACCACAUUUUCUGCGGCUGCAGAAUGUCGAGGUGAACGUGGGACAGAACGCCACCUUCCAGUGUAUUGCUGGAGGCAAAUGGUCACAACAUGACAAACUCUGGCUACAGGAUUUCCUUUCGCCCCCCACACCAAUCGCUCCACCUGAGCUUCUCGCAGUUGGUGCCACCUACUUGUGGAUCAAACCAAAUGCCAACUCCAUCAUCGGCGACGGCCCCAUCAUGCUGAAAGAGGUGGAGUACCGCACCACCACUGGAAACUGGGCCGAGACGCACAUCGUGGAUGCGCCAACCUACAAGCUCUGGCAUUUGGAUCCGGAUGUGGAGUAUGAGAUUAAGGUUCUUCUGACCCGACCUGGGGAGGGUGGCACUGGACCACCGGGACCACCCCUCAUCACUCGGACCAAAUGUGCUGAUCCAGUCAAUGGUCCCCAGAACGUGAACGUGGUGGACAUCCGCGCCCGUCAGCUGACCCUGCAGUGGGAGACUUUCGGAUACGCCGUGACACGCUGCCACAGCUUCAACCUGACCGUACAGUACCAGUAUGUGUUCAAUCAGCAGGAGUUUGCUGCUGAGGAGCUGAUUCCCACCUCCUCUCAUUACACUCUGAGGGGACUCAGGCCUUUCGUGACGGUCAGACUACGGCUGGUGCUGGCCAACCCUGAGGGCAGCAAGGAGAGCGAGGAGAUCGUCAAACAGACGGAGGAAGAUGUUCCUGGCCCCAUUCCAAUGGAGUCCAUUCAGACAGGCCCAUACGAGGAGAAGAUCUUCAUGCAAUGGAAGGCUCCGAAUGAAACUAAUGGAGGCAUUACACUCUAUGAGAUCACCUAUAAGGCUCUUGGCUCCCUGGACCCCAGUGCAGAUUUGACAACACAACGUGGCCGUGUCUUCAAACUCCAAAAUGAGACCCAUCAUCUCUUCGUAGGAUUGUAUCCUGGCACCACAUACUACUUUACUCUGAAAGCCAGUACAAAUAAAGGCUUCGGCCCCCCUGUGACCACCCGUAUUGCCACCAAAAUCGCAGCUCCAUCCAUGCCUGAAUAUGAGACCGACGCUCCUCUCAACGAGACAGACACGACAAUCACCGUCCUCUUAAAACCUGCCCAAUCACGAGGGGCCCCUGUCAGUGCUUAUCAAGUGGUGGUUCAAGAGGAACGGAAGCAGAAAGUUCGCCGAGCCACUGAUGUGUUGGAGUGUUUCUCCGUUCCUGUUAGUUUCAGAAAUGCCUCCAUCUUGAAUUUACCUCACUAUUUCGCGGCCGAACUCCCCCCUGUUAGCCUUGCUGUAGUACAGCCCUUUACUAUAGGAGACAACAAGACUUAUAAUGGCUACUGGAACGCACCGCUGUCACCAGCCAAAAGCUACAGCAUUUACUUUCAGGCCCUGAGCAAAGCCAAUGGGGAAACCAAAAUCAACUGUGUGCGACUGGCUACCAAAGUGGUAAUAGGUAGGGGACAAAAUACCACGCCCUACAUACUUGUCAUUCCCAGUGAAGGUGUUUGGAUUGCAGUGGUAGAACUGUAUUAUAUCAGUUAA